AUGGGGCAGAGGAAGCAGAUGCCGUUCAGCUGCGUCCUGGGGAUCUGCGGCACCGACGGCUCGCCGCUGCAACCGGUCACGCCCGUCCGCGGAGAAACGCGGGCGGACAUCCGGAAGGUUCUGUUCCCGCUCCUGUCCAGCAUCGUCCAUGAGCGGCAGACGGCGGGCCUCUCGCUCGAGGAGGCGUGCCCAGCUUUCGUAAGCACGGACACGUACCACAAGCACUACAGGAAGUACAGGGCGCUGGCAGACGAGAUUGCGCAGCUCAGCCGCCUGCGCGUCCGUGGCCAGACGCCCCGCGGCCAGGUCGCCUCCUGCAGUGUCUCCAACCCCGCUUUCGAAAUCUUGGUGGCCGGCGAACCUUUCCACGACGUCCUCAACGCCCGGAGGUGCGUGGGCCCGCAGGCGAAUGACAGUUCUGAUUUCUGUUUCGACCACGCGGACAUGCUCGGGCGCCUCAACGCCCCCGCCCCGCCCGCGCGACCGCAGGGGGAAGCCGCCCCCCCCGCGCUCGGAGAUGCUGGGAGGGCCCUGCUCCGCGCAGCGGUCACCCAGUCCGCGGGUGGCUUUGCUGCGACGCUGGCGCGCGACCCGGUCGCCUCGGUCGAGUUGCGCGCUUUCCUGGCGUCGCCCGGCGUUCGCAAGGCCAAGGUGUUGUGGCAGGGCAUGUUCGGCGCGCAGCCGCCGCGGCCCGUGCUCGCACGGCUGGCUCGACGCGCGGGCGCCCAGUUGCACCCGAGCCUCGGCUGGUGCAAUUACCGAAGCCGCAAAGCGUUCAAGGCCGAGGUCCGCAGGAUGCGACAGUGGUACUCGAAGCCGAGGCGACUCGCGCGCCGCCGGCGUGGGAUCCUCCGCGUCGGCCCCGCAGCUCCCGAGAGCGUCCGGGGGCGGCAGUGCGCAUUUAACGGCAAGCUAAAAUCAGGCAGAUCGGCGCGUGCAGAAGUUGAGCUGCUAAGAGUGGAGGAGCAGCUGAAGCACGUGUCCCGUGCACUUGAACGCGAACGCUGGCGAGCGCAGAAUCACCAGAUUGAGAGCUGCAUCGAGCAGAUCAGCGAGAUGUGGGACCAGCAGAAGACGGCAGAGGCAGCAGCGCUGUGUCGGAGAGUGGCGAGGUGCCGCUCCGCCCUGAAGAAGAGGGACGGCAGCCGCCUGGGCCCCGCCCCGCUCACCGAGCAGCAGUGGCUGGACGUCUGGCAUCUGGGCGGCGAGCUUUACACAAACUGCGAGGUCAUGGCGGUCAUGACGGUCAUGACCUUGACCAUCUCAUGGUCACGUGGCAGAGGCAGAUAG